AAAUUCUGUUUGACUUACAGAAAAAGUUUCCAAUUAAGCCCUUAACAUACAAAUUGCCAUCUGACUUGAGAAACAAGUCUAUUUCUAAGGGAAUUGCAACAUCAGAAUCCAUUCCAUUCCCUUUACCUUCGUCCACUCGAAAAAGACGAAUUCCAUUAUUUUAUGCCCAACACAACAGAAGGUCAGAAUCUUCAGAAAGAAGUCCCUUGUCCCAGACCAAACACUGCAAAUCAUCAAGAAAUGGGAAAACAGUAAGAAUCCAUAGGAAACCUGGGUCUGCUGCUGUUAGCUUGGAAAAACAAUCCUACAAUUCUCAGCAUUCUACUGAAGAAAACACUAUUAGGAAAAUACUCACGGCUUCCCUGCCUAGAAUGGAACAUCUGCAAACCCUUCAGAAGGACCAAGUCAACACUUUCAACUUUAAAGUUGAAGUUCUGCAGAGAGACUUAGCAAAGGAGAUAACAAAGCCAGUUCCAGUUAAUGUUUACAGUAGAGAUCCUACAUCAUCAAGCAACAACUACAAGAUACAAGCAUUGGUAAAGAAUGAACCUGUGAAGGAUGGAGAUUCUGUUAGGUCUACAUGUAACAACAGGGAAGUAAAAGAAAAUGAAAUAGUUUCUCCUGGUGGUGAAAGAUGUCAGAUUAAAAAUAUGCAGGACUACACCGUUGGUGGUUCACUCUCUGCUCCUUGCAGCAUUGCGGACCAUAUGGAUGUUAAAACACCUGGUAUCAGUAAUGAAACAGUAAAAGGAAUAGUAACCUGUUUUCGAAAUCUCCUGAGUCAUUUUAUACCACCAAACUACCAUAUUUCAAAGGAGAAAGUUAAUUGCAUGGCACCGGAAGAACUUGUUAUUUUUCCCAUGCAUCAUUAUUUUUUCCAUUAUGAGAAAAGUUUAAGAGAACGAUUUCAAGCUUCAUCUGAAAAUGUGAUGUCAAGAGCUCAGGAAGUGGAGCAGAAAAUACAUCAGGCCGAGACAAAGUUGAAAGAAACUAAAGAGAAAUUGAAAAUCUAUCAAAACGUCAUUGUACAAUUAUUGAACAAAGGUCAUACUCCAAAUACACUGCAAUCAGAAGAUAACUGAACAUUUGGAAGAACAGGCUUAAAAUCUUGAAGAGGAUGCAGAGUCUUUAAAUGCAGUCAGUGAUUGAAAAUGAAUGGAAAAUGUUGCAAAAGUAAUUCAGUCAUCAAGGCUAAAUUAUGAUGGGCCAACUUCAAGGAUUAUUGCCUUCCAUUUCAAAAUUGUGGAGAAAACAAUGUGAAUUUCAAGCAGUAAGAAAUGGAACAAAAUAAAUCCCUUGAUGUUUAUCAAUAAUUUCAUGUCUUUAUUAGUUUUCCUUUCAUAUAAUAGAGAAUCGUAACUUGACUGGAGAACAUUUCUGGUCAGCUUUUUAAUUUUUUAUGCUUAUUUGCAUAUGUGCUGUGAGCAUGUCAAAAUAUUUCAAGUUCUGAAAUGUCUAAUCGUUUUAAAUGUAAGUCCUUUAUGUGAAUUAUGUUGAGUGCUAGAAUACUCUUUUAAUCCACAUUUACAGGCACCUACAAUUUUAUUAACCAAGAAUAUUUGAAACUUUUAUUUAUGUGGUCACAAAAUAUCCUGCUUCAGGCCUUACUGAUAGUUAAACAUUUUCUGGUUUUAGAUGAUUGAUAACGGUAGACUAUCAGUGGACAGUUAAGAUUUCAAAGUACUUAUAUCUUUCUGUUGCUUUUCAAAUAAUGUUCUGACAAAGUUAAAGAAAGAACUUUUGUCAUAUUAUAAAAGUGUAUUUUCUUAGUUAAAUACAUUUAUAUAUUACGUGUGUAUAUGUAUAGCUGUGUAUCUUGUUUUGUUGUUCACUUUUCAAAUAUUGUUUGCUAUUUCAGUGAAGGGAAUUAAAAAUGAUUCAAUCUUUGUUGUCAGACUUAACCAAUAGUCCUUUUUGUUUAUGCAAUGUAGCAUACACAAUGAAACAUUCCUUCAUAAAUAGCACUAGCAUCACUUCGGAAGAUUAGUUUGA